AUGGUGAAGCCUGCGAGCAAGAAGCCCACUGCGAAGUCUACCGCCCGCCGGCCAACGCACGGCGGGUCUGCUAAAAGGCAACCAUUUCCCGAAGCAGUCCAGCCUGUUAGGCACAUUGAGUUGCCUUCGACUUCACAUGGCCGGGUACAACAUGCAAUAGAGCGAGCCAGCUUACAAGAGAUAGAGGAUGCUGUUGCGAAACGAAAUGCUGAGCGUCAACAGAGGGAAGAGCGCGACAAGGAGCAUCACGCGCAGAAACUCCGCAAAGCGGAAGAAAUACGUCAGCGCGAAAUUAACCGGGGCGGUGACCAUUCCGCAGAUGAAAUGUUAGAUGGUGAUGUUGCAACCAACCCCAUUGCAGACGAUGCGAUCGAUGAGCAGGAUCGUCUUGAAGAUAGGGAGGAUGGUGACAUGGGAAUGGCUUCCAGUGACGAGAUUGAGGGGGAGCUAGACGAGCACAAGGAAAGCGGUGAUGAACAUCUGAGGUCCAUGAUAUCAUCGUGGAAGCUAUCUGACGCUUUGAAUGUCUCGUCAUCACUCAAUUUCCUUUCAAUUCAUCCAGACGAGUUGAACUUGCGAGCAUGGCAAAAGAUUCAUGAUGUGCGCCAACUUAAACUGAUAAUGGCGCGUGAUUCUCAUGUCCGUGGAGAGCUGAAGACGAGGAACAAAUCUCUGGUGGAUAUGUACGGGUUUGAAAGCAGUCAGAAGGAUUCCAUAAUUGCACCCAACCAUAGACUGGCUGAGCAGUUGCUUGAGGAUUAUAAUUACUUGUACCGAUACCGCGGGGCCAGGAAGGGCUUUCUACAACAUAAGAUAAUCCAGAAGAUUGUCAACAGAAUGUGGUUCAAGAGCCCGAACGACGAUGGAGUUAGGUAUGCAGAAUAUUUCGAGACACCGUCGCUCCGGGCCCUUGCCAUAAUCUUCACAGCGGUCGAGUCUUCCAUCGAGGAAUGGAAGACCGGUAUGUGGCGCUCCAUCACCUUCAGCUCUGAAAACUAUGAAGAACGCUACAAUGAAAUCCUGAAGAUGCUGUAUGACUUCGAGAAAGAGGGUGGAGGAGAGCUACUCUCGAGCGUAUUCCACGCCCGUGUCGAUGUGCGUAAGGAGGGUCGGAGAGGCUCUUUGCCGGCGGAUGCUGUGGCUGCGGCCAUCCAGGACUUCAAGGAGCAUGGAGGGCUGUAUGAAGGGACCUCUGAGGAGGAGGAGGCUAAUGACUUCGCGUAG